AAUGUUUUUGCUAUUGUGAAUAGUGUUGCAAUGAAUGUUCUUGUGCAUGUGUCUUUAUUACGAUCUUAUUCUUAACACAGUCAAUAGUUUUGACAGAAUUCAGCAUCAUUUCGUGUGUUUAUGGUUCAUCCCAUGCCAUCUCCCUUAUCAGUUAUAAAAGUGUAUAAGCAUUUUACAACCGUUUUGUGUUGGAGGGUAUUAUGAAUUAGAAAAUUAUAUUGCCCAGCAUUCAGAAGUUCAAUAUAAGCAUUCUGUGCAUACUUUAGUGAUACACAUAUUUUCUAGCUAUAAUGAUUGAGGUGGUUGUUUUGUGACCUUAUAUACAAACUUGAAGUCCUUUUUGUCAGAAGACAGAGUAUAAGUUUAAAGUUGAUACCACCUGUUCAUAAAUUAAGAAUUCCCUAUGUUAUCAAAGUCAACUCAUGCAAUGUUAAUAUGAAAUGAAAAUUAUUCCCAUUUUUACAGAAGUCAAAACUCAGGUUCCCACUACAUGGUCUGCAACUAGUAAAUGAUGAAAUCUGGAUUUGAAUUUGGAUCUUCCAUAGUACUUAAACUCUGCCAUGUUAUGUUGAUAUUCAGAAAGAUAUCUCCUAUAUAGUGCUAUAUAAUGUAAUGAUUUGAAAAAUAUUGGACCUUAGAGUAGAACUUUUUUAGUAUAAUAUGAAAUCAUUAAAGCUAUAUGAGUUUGGGUUAGUUUCUCAACCUCUCUAUGCCUCAAUUUUUUCAUUUGUGAAAUGGAAAUAAUAUUACAACAAACAGGAUUAAAUAUAUUAAUAUAUUGACAGCAACUAGACAGUGCCUAGCAUAUAAAUAAGUACUAAAUAAAUGGUAUUAUUACUGGACUGUGGCUAAAGCCAUCAUUCUUAUAUAAGAAACCACUGCUCAGAGAAUCCAUAUGUCUGGUUGCUCACAACUGAUUUGAAGAAAUGCGGGGGCUAUAUAUCAGUGCAUGCAAAAUGAGAAAGAAAUUGCUCUUUACCACCCCAAAGUUAAGUGAAGUACCAAGGCCUACUACAAUGACCUAAUGAUGUCUACUACUCCAAGGCAAGACAGAAUUGAAUAUUGUACAAAUUCCGUUACUCUGCCCUGGUGUCCCAUAUGUAGAGAGUCAUUGUAAUGUAUGGACAGGAUUGAAUCCUUCUAUAACACUCAAAAUUUUAGUAGCUAGUGGAAAAAGGGAAAGCAUAAAGCCUUUGGAUUUCUUUUCUAUCACAGCCAUAAACAACCCCAAAUGGCCUCCCAUGAAGUUGAAGAUGCAGAGCUGGGGUCAGCCUUAGCCCAUGGUAUCCCAGGCAGUGAGGCAGGACCAGACAGGGUGAAUAAUUCUGUCUACCAGCCCAUUGAUGGAUCACAACACUAUCAGAAAGGAGAACUACAAUUCCUUGGGGCCAUCCAGAUCCUGAAUGCAGCAAUUAUUCUCGCUUUGGGUAUCUUUCUGGGUUCCUUGCAAUACCUGUUCUACUUCAACAGGCACUUCUUUUUCUUCACCUUCUACACAGGCUACCCAAUUUGGGGUGCUGCGUUUUUUUGUACUUCAGGAACCUUGUCUGUUGUAGCAGGGAGAAAACCCACAAGAGCAUGGAUGCAACACAAUUUUGGAAUGAACUUUGCCAGUGCUUCGAUUGCAUUAGUGGGGAUUGCUUUUCUCUCAGUAAAUUUAGCAGUUAAUGUCCAGGCAUUAAAGAGUUGUCAGUCUUUACCAUCACUGGACCUAUGCAUUUACAUGGGCUCCAUAUCAAAUGGCAUGGUGUCUCUACUGCUGAUUUUCACCUUCUUGGAAUUGUGCAUAAACAUCUCUACCGUGGCCAUGUGGUGCAAUGCAAACUGCUGUAAGUCUAGAGAGGUGAUUUCCUCAUCUCCCAAUUCUGUGGAACCAAGAAUACCUCCUUAUGAAAAUAAUUCUGAGAGCUGAAUAUUUGACCAUAAAUCUCCAGUGACUCAGAGAUUUACCCGCAAACUCAGGAGAACAUGAGCCUGCCUGUAAAGCUCAAUUUUUCUAUCAUGUCACCAAUCACAAGAACCUUGGACGUCUGACUGACUCUAUCCUUUCUCUCCUUACUGUAAAUCCUACUAGUGUGUUGUGGGUAUAGAAGGGCAGAUAUAUCUCUUCAGGCAUUCUUGGAUUUGUAACUUCUAUGAUCAUUACUUCAAAGUUGCUUCAGAAAUUAGUUCUAUUUUUUCUUACCCACCUACUCCAUUGCUUUAUGAGGUUUAAGGAAGGAAGAUCGUGUAAUACCUAUUUAAUAUAUUUUUCCUGAAAUCCAACUUCUGACUACCCAGUAGGAAGAAAAUUGAGACUAUUUUUUCAUUACAGAGAAAUGCUUCUUGACUUUAGCUAACAUUAGCAUUACAAAAAGUGUCAAAUGAAAAAAUUAUCAUCAUUGUCACGAAGGUAAAUUUUCACUGUAUUUGAGGUGAGAGGGUUAAGGCUCAGGGAUUUUAUUUCAGUAAACUGCUGGAAUUCACACAUGCCCUGAUAUGUAUAUGAUGAUUUAUGUUGGUGAGGCUGAGAGCAAGCCCAGAUAUGUUCUUCAGAGGACAAUGGGAGACUCUAAAGUAGAGAAGCAAAGAACAAGGCCUUUAGAAUCUGACAGAUCUGGGUUCAAAUUCUGAAACUGUCACUUAUUACCUGUAUGAACACGGUACCUAAUCUCUCUGACCUAUUUUUCCACAUCUGUAAAAUAGAUAUAAUACAGACAACUACUUUGUCAGCCGCUACGAGGAUUAAAAGGAAAUAAAAAGGAGAUGUGGAACAGCAUCAAAGGUCUUUGAUGAUGUUGCUGUUGGUGGUGGUCUUGCUAUUGCUGUUGAAAGCUUAGGUGGGAUUGUGGUCAGAUGCACUGGAGAGAUACGGCGGAAGGCCUUACUUACAUUUCCAUUGUGCCUCCUCGUAUAACCUCCAAUAACUUCAAUGGCCAUCUUUUCAAGGUAGCAAUGUGGUGUGAAAGCUUCCCUCAGUUCCUCAUUUAUAUAUCUGCUGAAGCACUUAUAUUUCUUACUCAUAAAUAUUCAAGAUAAAUAAAAUGUAUGAAUUAGAAAUAUAAACACUUAUUGUGUCCAUAAAUGUUCAUCCACAAGUUACUCUUAGCUGCUUGUGUAUCAUAUGUGCAAAUGUUCUUCUCUACUACUUCUUGCCUACUAUGUAAUAAAUAUUUCUUUAUUUUUAAUCCAUUC